AUCUGAGCCUCUAACGUUAAUGUUGCUCCUGGAUGGGCACUCGUGUUCGCCUGUAGCUAAUGUUAGCUACUUAACAUCAACAGGAAGUACCGGACUAGCUAAACUUCAAUGUCUUGCACUUUGAGUUCUCCAGGUAUGAACUGUACGUUAGAGAACGUCCUGGCUGAUGCCAAAUCAUUAGUGGAGAGGCUUCGUAACCACGACAACGCUGCCGAGAUGUUAAUCGAACAGACGACUUCGCUCAACAAGCGAGUGGAGUCCAUGCAACAGUACCAGGAGGAGAUUGACUCACUGAACCAAGUAGCCCGACACCGUCCCCGCUCCAGUCUGGUGCUGGGAAUCCAACAGGAAAACCGUCAGAUCAGAGAUCUCCAGCAGGAAAACAAAGAGCUCCGGACGUCGUUAGAGGAACACCAGUCUGCGUUAGAGCUCAUCAUGACCAAAUACAGGGAGCAGAUGUUCAGGCUCCUCAUGGCCAGCAAGAGGGACGACCCGGCCAUCGUGACCCAGCUGAAGGAGCAGCACACCACGGAAAUGCAGGCACACAUAGACAAGAUCAAUGAGAUGGCCUCUGUGAUGAGGAAGGCGAUAGAGGUGGACGAGGGACGAAUAUGUGAAGAUGAGGAGAGGAUUAAGCAGCUCGAGCUGGAGAACAGUGGACUCCGAGAGCUGCUGGGCAUCAGUCGCGAGGCUUUCCUGAUUCUGAAGAGAGACGACGCGUCAGAGAACACGUCACUGUCGCCGCUGCUGACCAGUGCUGACGUCAGCUUAAGAAAGAGUUAGAGGGCCCGCGGUGACCCCACCUCCCCCCCCCCCCCCCCCCCUGCUGCCACUACUGUGUACAGUCUAUUGCCACAUACGUACCACUUCAUCUUUCCAGACCCUUCCCUUCUCCUGCAGCAGUCAGUGUGAUGCUGCAGAGCCCGUCAUGCAGUGUGAACAUCUUUCUCUUUUUUGUUGGUACUUUUGUUAUGUUUGCUAACUUUGCCAGCGUGCAUGAGUCUGUGGAGUCUGGAAGAUUUUAAUGUGUGAAUGGGUAAAAGAAGGGCUUGAAAUAAAUCUGUGAACAUGAAA